AUGGCUCCGAGCGCACCCACCACGGCAAGCAGUUCGCCUGCCAAAAAGACAUCUGCGCCAGAGAAGAAGUACAAGUGCCAAUUUUGCAAUCGCGCCUUUAGCCGAAGUGAACAUAGAAGCCGGCAUGAACGUUCGCAUACGAAGGAGAGGCCGUUUAAAUGCUUGAAGUGCCGGAGUACCUUUGUCCGUCGAGAUCUCCUCCUUCGUCAUGAUCGCACUGUCCAUGCGAAAGAUGGUGGGAUACCGCUUGUAUCUGAGGGCCGCCGACGUGGUGGCGGUGUUCAGAAGUCCUCCCCUGCACCUGCGCCAUCCAAGCCCUCAAUCACAAUUGAUCCUGCUACGUUAGAGCAGAUCGAGGCAAGCAGUGACGGUAUGGUCGACCUUGAAACUGCAGCUAUGUUGAUGACAGAUUUCCAACAUAAAGCCGCAGCCGCUGCUACUGGUCAGGUCAACGAUCGUGCUGAGUCGGAUCGCUCUUUCUCUCCUGGACGUGGUCCUCUUCUAGAACCCCCAGUGUCGUAUCUUUCAGGCAACGCAACUCUUCCUCAAAUGCCGUGGGACACCCUUGUCUCUCCCGCCGAUACAAAACAUUUUGGAUCCCAUGAAAGUGGACCAGACUCACUUACGUCGGGGAUGGAACGCCAUAGUGAUACACUUGCCCCCUCGCUUAACUCCCUCGUCAACUCGUUGCCAGUGUCAGGAAACUCUACGCCGAAUACAUUGUCCCCUUAUCCCUCGAUGACGGGCCCGAUUAGCCCGGUAAAUUACCGAAAGUCACCUGGUCCCAGCCAGGCCCUUACAUUGCCAAAGGCCCCUCAAGUCGCGAACGAAGUAGAGCGGUGUAUGAUCUUGGAGCGCAUUCGGAAUGCAGAUGCCCUCGGUUCACUUCCUGAUACCUUCCAACUUCCGUCGUCAGUGGCCUUGAACAAAUACCUCUCAACGUAUUUCAAUCUCUACCAUCACCAUCUCCCGUUUCUACACCAGGAAUCCUUCAAACCAACGGUUACUUCCCCGCCGCUACUGCUUGCAGUUCUUUCAAUCGGUGCUUUGUAUACCUUUGAGCGGCAGCAUGCCUUCAUGCUUCACGUCGGGUCGAAGAUGCUUGUUACUCAGUUCCUGCAACAUAAGGACAACUUCGAUUCGAGGAAAUGCCCCCUGUGGGCCAUGCAGAGUACCCUUCUGAACAUGAUUUUUGAAAGUUGGAGUGGUGAUCCCAAGGGCCUCGAGUGGACAUGUUCGAUCAAGAGUCUGCUCGCCAACAUGGUUGCUGGGAACCGCUAUCAGCUGAAACUCCGCACCGAGGCUCGCGAAGGAGCCCAGCCCACUAAGGAGGAGUGGAUCGAGGACGAGUCAUGCCGCCGCACCUACUACGCUGUGUAUAUUUUCUUCGGCAUGCUCACGCUGACGUUCAACCACACACCGGCGAUGAGUUUUGAUGAGUUUGACAAUCUUGAGCUCCCAUCCUCUGAAUCGCUAUGGAACCUGGACGCCAAAGACGACGAGGCAUGGCGACGCAACUUGGCUUCCUCGACUUCACUGACCGUUCGGGAAGCUCACGAUUGCCUUUUCCAAGGCGAGCAGACCCGUUACAGUGCGUUUGCUACCCGUGUCAUGAUCAAUGCCUUGUUUUUACAGGUUUGGAACCACAAGAGGAGCUUCGAAGCCCUUCAGGACGUGGUUACAGAAUAUAAGCUCCGACUGGCGUUGGAGACGUGGGAAAGCUCGCUCGAAGUUUGUGAGCCCGAGACGAUCGUGGUGCCUCUAAGCACUCCGCAUAAUGGCCACCCGUUGAUCUUCAACUCGAUGGCUGUCUAUCGUAACACACGUGCUCGUCUGGAGGUUGACUUGAAGUCGAUACAGGAGGCAUUACGCUAUCACUCGUCUUACGAAGUUGCUGCUGCCAUGACUGUUGCUCGCGAAAAGGUGAAGCGGUCCCAGGAAAUGAACAAAGUCAUUCAGUCUUGCUUUGAAUGCAUUGAAAUCGCCGCCAUUCAGGGAAUCAACUGGGUUGCUAAGACAUCUGCCACGAACUGGAGUAUUGAGCAUCCACUUUGUGGUCUGGAUUUGAUGGUUAUUCUGAGUCUCUGGCUCUAUCGCCUGGAACAUGACGAAGAGCCCGCCACUGAGGCUGAGAUGGCCAUUUACAACAAGGUGCGGAAUUUGUUUGAUGAUGACGCCGUCGAUGCCUUUGGGAAACUCAGCUCCACCGUGGCACGUGUAUGGGGUAACAUCCUAGACGGCGUCGUUGUUUGGGGAAUCACUAAGUUGAUGGGUGAAUCGUUCAAACUUCAUUCUCAGGCCUUGGUUGGCUACGAAGACUCUCUGCGCGUUGCCAAGGAUCAACCUAUUCACCCAAUGCCCACCAAGACACUUGCAAGCGUAGGAACGGCCUACUAG